AUGGGUCCAAUGCUGCGGUCCCUGACUAUUCUUUUUGCCGACCUGUCAGAUGCAGCCAAUCGGAAUCACGAGGCCCUUCGCCAGGCCAAACAGGAGAUGAACGAAUCUCGCCGUCAGAUCCAGACCUUGACCUGUGAGGUGGAUGGACUCAAAGGAACAAAUGAAGCCUUGCUGAGACAGAUGCGAGAUCUUGAGGACCAAUAUGGAGCCGAAGUGGGCUCCUACCAAGAGACAGUGGCGCGGCUGGAGCAGGAGAUCCAUCACAUGAAGGAAGAGAUGGCUCGACACCUCCGGGAGUACCAGGACCUGCUGAAUGUCAAGAUGGCUCUUGACAUUGAAAUUGCGACUUACCGCAAGCUGUUGGAAGGAGAGGAAAGUAGGAUUGCAGUACCUGUCCAAUCCAUGGCAUCUUUCAGCAUCAAAACUGCAGUUUCAGAGCCAGAUCCAAGUGCAGAGAGCCAUACCCGGAAGACGGUGCUGAUCAAAACCAUUGAAACCCAGGAUGGAGAGGUGGUGACCGAAUCAAGGAAGGAGCAGAGAGCUGAGAUAGAGAAGUGAGGCUGGCCACCCCAGCAGGGUCCCCUGGGCCACUGAGAGAGGCACUAAGCUCACCUCUUUGCAAACGUCCCAGUCGCAGAUCCCCCUUUUCCCUCACUAAGCCACACUGGCCUUAUUUACGAUGGUGAUGUUGAUGAUACCUCUUACCACUGGCAGCCUUCCCACACUGUUCCAGGCUCCCUAAGACAGCCCUCUCUGGCCUUCGGACCGUACUCUGUUCACAGCCUGGUGGCAGUCCCACCAGUAAUUACCAUUGGUCUUGGGAGUGGAGAUGGCUUCACCCUGCUCUUUUCUUCCACCGCCUCCUACCUCUUCGUACCACAUUCCUUCUCAUCCCUCCCUGCAAAGAACCCUUCUCUAAUCACUACCCCCAAAACCAAGCUGCCUUCCUGUAAAGUACCACUCACAAAGCCAGCCCACCCUAGGAACCAAUUUGCCAUGUAUGUUUAGAUGGAAUCUAAAGGCUGUGGCCUUCCGGCUGUUGUGGAAUUAAAACUCCCAGCCUCCUAAGUCAUACAGAGUGCUGCUGGGACUUGUAGUUCAGCAAUAGGUGGAAGGUUCCAGGUUCCCUACCACUGCCAAACACUUAGAUGGCUGCAGAUUGGCAAGCUCUGACAACUUGCAAGGGCCACUAAGCACAACAACUUGGAAGCACCAAAGAAGGCUAGGAGCUUGCUCAUGACCUUAUUUUACAGCUCUUGUUGAAUCUAAACGAUUCUAUGUGCUGACCACAGACACCUCCCAUGGUUUACAAAGCUUUUCAAGAGAAUCAUGCUUUGUCAAGAUGCAAUAGGUUUGGCUUCCCAAUUAGUUCUCACUUCUGUGAACUUACUUUGAGAAGGUGCAUAUUUAGCUUCACCUCAUCUGUACUGAAAGGGAGAAUAGCACUGGCCAACUUUAUAGGGCUGUUUUAAGGUUGACAAGGUAAUGCAACAAAAGCAUUUUAAAUAUUAAAUAGUAACAAGUGUUAAUUUCCUCAGUUGUCGAGCCCCAAUCUGGUGGUCUCCAGAUGUGUUGACUCCAAUUCUCAUAAUUCCUAAGCAGCGUGAUACUGGCUGGGGUUGUGAGAAUUAAUUUACUGCAACAAGGGAGUGGAAGUGGAGAAUACUACGUCAGAUCUUCUCAAACAAGCUCCCAAAUGAAUGCAUAUACAACAGAUUAUUGUCUUUUUAUUUUUUACAGCAAAUUUUGUAAGGGAAUCUUUAAAAAGAACCCUCUAAAAUAAGUCUUUUGACCAUUAGUGCGUUGUUUCCCAAUACUGAAGGGUGCUUAGCGGUAAUUUUAAGAAACUGAUCCAGUAGAUCAGAGGUCCCCAACCUUUUGAGCACCAGGGACCGGUUCCGUGGAGAAAGGUUUUUCCGUGGACCGGAGGGUGCGUGGUUUUGUGCUGCCUGCAUCUCGCGGAUAGGGCUUUGCUAGCAUGCCAUGGCCCAGUACUGGUCCACGGACCAGUGGUUGGACCCCUGCAGUAGAUGUUUACUCAGAAGCCUCAAUUCUUUCUUAACCAUUUGACUUCCUUUCAUUCAAAUAUGAUUUUAGUGCACUUCUAAAAAUGAUGUCAACUUUGCCUUCUAAGGCAAAAGUAAAGCUAGAAAGCUGCCUUACACUAGAAAUUGUGAGUCACAGGGAAAAGAAUAUUUUUCUGUUCAGCUCUUUAAUGCUCCUCUGUCAAAAAAACCCAACUUUUUUCUGCUCCCUUUCUGGGAGAAAGGAUCAGGUUGAGACCAUCAUGGAAUUCCCCUUCAUCUGCAUUGCAUAUAAUUAAGUGUUGUGCAGGCAAAGAAAGCAGAUGAGCAUUUCUAGAAUUUUGAAAAACUCCAAACAAUUGCCUUUAAUUCACAGGGUCAAACAAACUACAGAACAACAAAAAAAAGAGAGCAAAAAAUGCUUACUACCAGUGGUGCUGAUUUACAGCCUUAAUAAGCAGCAAUUCCAUCAUGUAUGAAAGGCAUCCAAGACUUCUGUUUAGCACAGUGGUCCUCAACCUUUUUAAUGCUGCGACCCCCAACCGGUUGUAAGUCAAGGACUACUCAACCAGUCGUAAGUCAAGGACUAUUCAACUGGUGCAGCACCGUUUGCAGAAUGGGACUUUUGG